AUGGAGUCGGUACGCCAGUCGUGUCGCCCGCGACACCAGGUCUUGACGCUCAAGUGCUUUCCCCGCUAUCAGAAGGGCGUGCCGGAGGUCAAGCCCAACCCCAGCGAACUCUCGUACCUGUUAUACUAUGCCAGCACGCGUCGCAGCAAGCUGACCAAGGUCGGCGCCUUUCUGGAGAAGAGGGUGGCCAAGGAUGUCUGGAGGCGCCGGUGGGGAAAUGUCCAGGUCGCGCUUCAUAUACUGACCGCGCUGAUCGAAAAGGUUCCACGCGAGUUGCCCAUAUACGCACGCUACGUCUUAUCCAUCAUCGAGACAAUUUUGCAAUCAAAUGACAUUUCCAUGGUGGAGGAUUCGAUCGCAACCUUUGAGACAUUCUGCCUGCACCAGGACAUUGCUAUGAUCUCUGCAGAACAAGGCCUUGCUCAAAAAUACCGAGAGGUCAUUCGGAUAUACGCCGGCUUCGCUGACCCGUCCUCCCCACCCUAUUCGUCGGCCAAAAUCAGUCCUCCGGUCGCCAUCCGAUGGAGAAACGCGGGGCUUCGUGCGAUAAAGGGUGUUGUCAGUUCGGAGAGUCUGGCCGCGGAUGGAGGGACCUCCCUGAACAUCAUCCUGCCGGUCAUUCUAGAGAAUUUGUAUUCACCCAAUGAGGAUGUUCUCGUACCCUUGAGAGCGAAACUUCGUGAGACCGAAAACGGUGAACGUGCUGGGCCCCAACCUCGACGAAUAAGCGUCGCCACGAUAACCACGGUUGACACGGUCGAUGGUGACCCUGCAUUGGCCGCGCAGUCAACAGCCGACGCCGACCGACAGGCAGAGAUGGACGCGCGACUUCUGGCUCUCCGUUGCCUGGAGCAGAUCAUUGUCUCGGGGAGUAACCGCGGCCAGAUCCGCAUUGCGGCAUCCGUCACCUUGCGGUUUAUCGCCAACAAGCGUUUCCCACGCGUUGCAACCAGUGAGCAGUCCAAUGGGAUCAGCCAACAAAGUGGCAACUGGUCGACUUCUCUGAUUGAGCUCAUUGCCACUUGGUGUCCGGUUCAAGUUCGGUUCGUUAUUUUGAUGACAGCUAUGGACAUUUUGCACGAUACAACCCCCAAAGAAGACGCGUUGGAUUCAUCAUUCAAUAUCCUCUCUGUGGUGGAUUGGCUGUUGAAAUCGUCAGUCAACAUGAUCGGCCUGAGUGUUAUGGAUAUUCUGAUUGGUCUUGUGCGUUACAUCUCGGAUAUUUUAUCACCGACUGACCUUGCCGAAGGUGACACUGAAAAGCAAGCGGGCCCAAACGCCGACAGUGCAAUUUUCAUCUCGCCUCGGAGAUGGGCUCUUCUUUCACUUUUAGAGCAGUGUAUCGGACAUUUAGCGACUCAUAAUUACUACGGCGAUCAGGUUGCAGACAUGAUGCGUGCCAUUCUUCAGCAUUUCAAGUCCAGCCUCAACCACGAUAGUGCGGCUCAAUCCUCCUUGGCUACCGUCCAUGAAACCGGAAUGACCUCAAAGGCUCCAACCAACUCUGCAACAGAGCAGACUAAUGUGGAGAAAGCGCAAGGCGAGACCUUUUCUCACGCUGCCGCUAAGUUAACUGCUCUCAGAGCUGUUAAGGCUAUUCUCGUCGUGGCCAAUCUUAGAGUGCCUGCAAUAACCAAGGGUUCUGAGACAAGGAACCAGGUUGGAAUUCAUGUCUGGGAAGGGACGCAACGUCUACUUCACGACUCCGACCAGGAGGUUCGCCACGCCUAUGCUGAUGCUUUUUUGUCAUGGCUGUACCUUGAAACGAACAAGCAAGACCUCAAGGUUCGAAUUGACACCCCCAAGUACAUCAAGCCGGCAUCCAAACGUGACUCUGAACAAGCGGAGAAGUCGAGUCGGCGGAGUACAUCGGCUCCAGGAAAUCACAGAGAACAAGUGGCCUUGGUCGCGCAGUCCAACUUCCUUCGUCUGCUGCACCUGGCCAUCUACGAUGCAGCGUUUGAAAAUGCUGCAGUAGAAUCUGAGGUGCUUGUGCUUCACCUUCUCUUGGUAAGCCUCGUCGAAAAUCUCGGUGUCAAUGCUGCCCAAUUUGGGCUCCCCAUGGUCAUGAAGUUGCAAGAGGACUUGUUCACCUCCGUCGACUUAGGAUCCUUUAUAGCCCGUGUGAAUGUCGGCAGCUUGGUUCAUGGUUAUCUUUUGGCUCUUUCAGAGAAGUUCAACCUCGAAUCCACACAUGCUGGAGUCGAGAUCCGCAAUGAGAUCGAAAGGCGACAGAGCAAGGGCCAGUGGCUCUCUAAAAUCAAGUUACCCCCAACUGGCCUUGAUGGCAUUGCUGUGGACGAAAAAGCCAUGGACGACGAUCCAACCCAGUCAAUUACGCUGACACCCUUCCGAAACGUCGAUGGCUUGGUCGGUGGCAUCGAUGAGUCUUACCGCCAGACAAUCUCAUCCCCUCUACAGAGCCCCCCAACUUCACUGGCUCGGGGAUUCAGCUUCCCGGUUCUUAGCCAUGCCCAGGCAGAACCGCACUUGCAGGUAGAGAGCGGUCUCCCGUCCUCCGUCAAGGAGCAAAUGCUGUCUUCCUGGUCACGAGAGACGUGUCUCGCCGCGGUUGAGAAAGAUAGUAUCAAAACUUCCUCCAUCAGCGGUUCUCGUGGAGGCACCAUGACUCGCAACAGCCAUAUCAAUGCCAUGGCAAAUGGCUCGCCUGCUGGCUCAGCGAACGAUAAAAACCGCCGCAUGAGCAUUCCCGAAAUCUCACAUACUCCAGAUCACAGUUCAGGCAGAGGGUCUCCAGUCCGCGUCACCGAGUUGCGCCGUGUGCUGUCGGUGAACACUGAAUCUAAUCCUCGACGACGCAGCCCGCUUCGCGGUCAUGUUGAUGCAUCGAAUAUCAGCGUCAUUUCUUCUGGAAGCGAAAGCAUGGUCAGCGGUGCCUUCUCUGUCUCGGAGAUGGAGCCAGAGGCCGUGCCAUCUAGGGAAGAGGAAUACCAACAGAUGCCCGAAGAAAAUGGAACGGAGACACCCCGCGCAUCUGCAUCCGUUAUCGCUCCUUCAGGGGAGGACAAGUCCUUGACAGACCAAGCCCAAGCACCGACCCUGUUCCGGACCCACUCCCGAGAAAUCCCUCCAGUUCCUCCUAUUCCUGUCGGAUUGGCCAUUCCUGGCGGCUUCCCCAACGACUCACAGCGGUCCUUGGUCUCAAUUGAUCGCCCAUCCACUGCACCCGAUAAUUCUCGACAGUCGGUGAGGAGCGCCACGAAGUCGGAGCACCAACAAGCUGCCCGAAAUGGAAAGUCUUUGAAUCGCAAUAAGAGUCGUUCCAGCCAUAAUCUGGCUUCGGGCUUCUCCAAUGUGUUCGGCAGCGCUGAUCCCAAUGGAUCUGAUUCCCCUCUGGAUACUACCCAACGGGAUCAGCUAAGGAAGCUCCUCGAUGGAUUCUUGUCGCCUACAAAUGGUACCCUGACCAACGGAGAUCGCCCUGCCACCGCAGUACCGGCUUCAAAGAACUCCCUAAAUGAGAGUUACUCGAGCAGGCGGCAAGUUAGCGGCGGUGGUCUUGGCCGGCCCCCAUACUAA